UCUAUUGCGUCAUAUCCGCUGGCCAUUUGGAUCUCCUCAAUGCUUGUGUUGCUCUUGUUCGAGGGAGUUCGUGCUGCGGACCUUUGCCUUUAAGCCUCAGUUUGUGUCUAGUGAGUGGCUCACAGCUCAAAUGUAUUACAGCAGUUUGAUUAUGACUUUGUUUGCGUUGCGUUGAUGUGACUGAACGGUACUACAUCUGCAUGGUUGUGUGCGCGUGCAAACGUGGUCGUGACAACACGACUCGCUAACGUUAGCUGUUCACCCAGCAACUCGUUACUGAUCAGUGAGCGCAAACUGUUGGGAAAUGGUGAAAAAUCGCAAGAAAGGAAAGGGACCAGCUCUUCCUCCAGGACCUGGAGCACCUCCUCCACCCCGACCUCCUCCCCCUCAAGGCGGCUUUCGAGGUCCUGCGCCCGGUUACCCGAUGGGCCCCCCUGGACCGAGGUUUCCUGGGCCCCCUCGCGACUUCGGACCGCAUGACCCCCGGAUGAUGAUGAUGAUGGACGACAUGGAAAGAGAUCGAGGGUUUAUGCACGAAGCGCCUGGAUUCAUGAUGGACGACAGGCCUUAUCCUCACCCCAUGGAUUUUCCCGACAGACAUGAAUUUCACCCGCGUUUCGAUGGACCUGAUCCAGGUUUCCAUCAUCCCGAGUUUGGGAACAGACCACCAGCGUCGCAUUUUUACCACCCAGAGCUUGAAUAUGGACCGCGGUUCCGUCCUCCACCAGAGUUUUAUGACGGACCUCCGGACUUCUGUCCGCCUGAGUUUAGGGGAAGACCCCCGAGCUUCCACCCGCCCGAGUUUGAAGGUUACCACCGGAUGAACCCUGGAUUCGACCAAAUGGAGCCCUAUGGUCCAAGAGACCCUUAUUACAUGCCACAAAUGGACCCUCAUGGCAAUCAUGCGUUUGCUGGACCACUGGCACCUGAUUUCCGAGGCCCGGGUCCAUUACAGCCCCCACCUGAGGCAUUCAGUGCCACUAGUGGGCCUCCUCCUGCUGGUCCACUCCAACCCCCGCAGAAACAAGAUCAGCAGGCUCCGAAAGAAACCAAGACUGAACCUGCUAAAUCCAUGGCUUCAAAGAUAUCCACGUUCAAGAAUAUGUCUGCAAACACACCCCGUGGACGCUCAUUGGGAGUAAUUUCACUUAUUGCUAAUAAUUGUGGUUUCAUUGAACGGGAGGAUUUGAAGAAGUUUUCUUUCGCAUUCGAUGCUUUUAUGGGAAACCGUGCUCUUCUGGUGCCUGGGGUUAAAGUGCAUUUCACAGCAGUGAAAAACCUGGGAAAAGAAUGUGCAGUUGAUGUUAAAGUGGCACCAGGAGGAACCGAAGACAUUGACAGUACAGUGUAUGAAGGUGUAGUUCUCACAGUCCUUCCUGAUGACACCGUCCAGGAGGCUAACCCUGGCUGUAUCAGGACCAUCAUCUCUAAGGAUCCCAUUAAAUUGCCCUUUGGAAAGGUGGACACCAGUGUGACUCUGCUGCUGUAUGACCGUGUGGAGUUCCAGUUGCUGACAGAUGUUAUUACUAAGGAGCAAAGAGCCACAAACAUCAAACCAAAAACACCUGACACUUUUCAGCUCACCAAAGAAGUCAGGGAGACCGGUGUGAUUAUUAAUAAGAGCGAUGGAACCCUGACCAUCAAGACAGAGAAAAAUGAUAGCGUGAUGGCCACUGCUACCGACAGUUUAUCAGAUGAAGAGCUGAAUGUCAUGGAUGAAGUGGAGCUCACCAUUUUGACUGUGAACGACACAAAGAAGGCCGUCCGACUCAGAAAGCUUCCCAAGGACUCUGUGUCCUUGAAUCAAAAAGCAAAAGGCAAUGAAAAUAUUCCCGGCGCAAAGGACAAUACAUCUGGGACUACCCUUGUCAAAGACAAGUGGAAACCCAUUACUAAGGAAGCUGGUUCUCAAGAUUUGGACAUAAGCAGUGAGAAAUACGAGGGAACCAUUACCAAAAUCGCCCCAAAGAAAAGCCAAAGUCAAGAAAAAGUGAUGGACAACCAGGAGCCCACUUUGGGUCUCCUGGUCACCACAGUGGAGGGCACAGAGAAGCGCUUAUCUUUUAAGUCCGAUGACGUGAUCACAAAAGCCACCAUGAUGGUUGGUGACAAGGUCCAGUUCCACAUUUCCACCAACAGUGUGACUAAAGAGGAGUGCGCCGUCAACGUAGAGAUCCUGCCAGAAACUUUCCAGACAGAUUCUGAAGAGCAGCGCAAGAUAGGGCUUGUUGUCAAGAUGGAUGAUAAUUUUGGGUUCAUCAAGACACAACAGGAGCCGCAGCUAUUUUUUGACAUGGGUGAGGUUAUGGAGGACACCAAACUCACUUUGUCUGAGAAGGUGGAGUUUACAUUAGUACCGAGUCAAGCAGCUGAAGGAGGAAAACAGGCUGUUAGAAUAAGAAGGCUGAAUGAAAGCGUCUUCACAUCUGCACCCAAAUUAGAGGCAUUUGGAGUAAAAGAGAAGAAGAAAAUGACUAUCAAAUUGCUGAAGGAUCCGAAAGACCAAAUCAAGGAGGGGGUCAAAACAGAGGACAAAGUCAGUGAAUCAGUGGAUGUAGACAAGCCAAACAAGGGAAAAAACAAGACUUCAACAUAUAUGUCAUCUGCAAAAGAUCUGAAGAAGGAAAGUGACAUUAAACAAGAAAGAGUACGGAGCAGAAGCAGGGAAAAUAGUCGACGCCGGAGCAGGAGCAGAAGCAGGGAAAAUAGUCGACGUCGGAGCAGGAGCAGAAGCAGAGAAAGUGGUCGACGCAGAUAUAGUCGCAGCAGGAGCAGAAGCCGGAGCAGAGACAGAAGUAGAAGCUACUACAGAAGGCACAGAAGCUCCAGCCGUGAGAGGAGGGACAGCCGAUACAGAUACAAACGCAGCCGCAGUCGGAGCAAAGAGCGCGGAGAGAGAUCCCGACGGAGUCGCAGCAGAAGCAGAGAAAGGAGCAGUCAGAGUGCUAGGAAGAGAAGCCGCAGCCCUGCCGACAAAUAUGAUCGCUAUUCGAAACAAAGCAGCAUUAAAGAUCCAAGUGACAAAAAGAAAGCUAAAAGCCCUGACAAUGUAGAGGAAGAAUUAUUGAGAAAAAAGAGAGAGCUAAUGGAACUCAACGAGCUGAUUGCACGUAAGAAAGCUAUUGUUGCUAUGGAGCACAAUGCAAAGAAAAUUGAACCUGAGGAUGGAAAAAGUGGAGUUACAACAUUUGAUUAUGAGCAUAUGCAUCAUGAAAACAUUUGGAUGCCUGACCUAAAACCAGUGAAGUCCAUCUUGAAGAAACAGUCUGAACCUCACACUGAUUCUCAAUCUCAGGCGUCCGCAAACAAGGAAACUGCUGCUCCUUUUGUAAAGAAUGAAAGUCAAGAGAUGCAAAUUGGAUACCACCAAAAGACUUGUGCUUUUGGCUCAAAUACACCCAGCUACUCAACAUAUGAAAGUAUUGCUGAGAGGGCUUUGACCACUGCAGGGUCUGAAAAGACAUCUCUAUCUCAGAUUCAGGAUUCAGAAUUGGUCAGAAAAAAGAAGCAGUUAGAAGAUCUCAGUGAGUCAAUAGCCCGAAAAAGAGCGAUAAUUGCCUUGGAACAGAAGGUCAAAGUUGUACGGGAAAUGCAUGAAAUGGAAGAAGAAUACGAGUUUGACUCACACACAGAGGACCGAUUUGUAAUGUCUAAAGGGAACUUGUGGAGCUCCGAAAUAAAACCCGAUAUUCAACCGAAAAAGUCAAUUUUGAAGAAACGCUCAGAGAUUGUAGCAUCUCAGAGUGACAAAAUCUCAACUGAUGAAUAUGGUCAACCAAGUCAGGAUGAGUCGUCUUUUACAAAACCGACUUCUCAGAAGACAGCAACUUUGCAAUCUAACAGGUCCUCCAAUCCACAACCCAUUCAUCCAGAUAUGUUGGGAUUAUUCAGCCGGAUCAUAAGUGCUUCUUCAGCAGCCUCACAAAGGUCUGAAACACCCCCUUUUAACAAGCCAGUUAUCCCACAGUCACUUACUCAGGCAUCCGGUUCAAGAUCUUUGCAUGACCAGAAAUCUUCUAGUCUGUCUAAAGGUAGCAACGCUCAUGACCAUCCUCCUAGCAGUAACCCUUCGACAAGCCAGACUUCACCAUCAGGUCAAAGGCGCAAUCUUACAACUCAAAUGGAGCGGUUCCUUAGUGCUCUCAACAAAGCUGACACCAGUGUUGUUAACUCAUUGUUUCAAGAGGCUAGAAAGGAUCUGGCUUUAAUAAACCCCCAGAAACCCCCUCAGCCUCAAUUAGAUAGAAACAUACCCUUCAUGGAUGAUGUAUAUGAUCCUUUUAAAGAAGAGGACGACCGUGACCAGCCUUCCCUAAUAGGUAAACAAUCUGGUCAAGAACGAAUGAAGACUGAGACACGUUUAAAUGACCCCAGCAAAGAUGACCUCUUGCCUCAUGAAAGAGCUGUUCAGGAUGGUAGUGGCUUUUCUCGGCUUGUUGGAAUGAAGUACGGUGUGGACCCUACUGCAAAAGCUGAGAAGAGUCCAUAUGGGCAUGUGAUGGUGUCAGAAAGCUGGAGUGCCCAUAAAGAAGAUCCAAAUCAGUUCUCUGAGCAGUGGAAUCAGUAUGAACAGGACACUGAUUUGUUUGCAACAGAACACAAAAAUUACACCGAUGAAUGCAGUGUAUAUAGGGAGCGUAGUCAGUCUGUUGAGUACCAGGAAGUCAAUCCAAAUGUUCAGCAUUCUUAUGUAGUGGACAAAGAGAUGCCUGAUAGUACGUUUGACAAAAGCUUAGCUCGUCAGGAGUCUGAAGAAAGCAUUGAAGAUAAAAACAGUAAGUCAGAGAACUUUGAAAAAAUUCAGAAUCUUCUUCAAACAAUAGGACUUCAUCUAGAUACAGCAGAGGUUAGCAAAUUAGCGGACAGGACGCAAGAGCGGUUGUAUGGUAAGACAAAAAAACCUCAUAGUGCACCUACUCACUCCUUUGAUCAAAAAAGGGAGCGAUCAUUGAGUCAAACUGGGCAAAGGUGCAGUAGUAGAGCAGAUUCCUCAGACUCUGAAGGCUUCCGAUCUGUUUCUCCAGCUCAGUCCUCAAAUCGCAAGGUUUACAUGAGUUAUAAGGACUCGGUAAAAUACAAAGACCAGCUCAAAGUGGAAGAUGUAGACCUAACUAGCAUUAAGAGAACUGUAGUGAAUUUAAAACCAGAAACUGAUAAACAAGAUCCUAACGAGCCCGAGCCGACCGCAGUUUCUGAAGCUUCGUACCAACCAAUGACCAUUGUAACCACAGUUCAGCCUGACACUUCCCAGUAUGCCCAAAAUUCCACCGUUUCCACCGUUCCCACCUUUCCAACUCCACAAUAUUCACAAUAUCAAAGUAGUAAUCAAAAUGUUUGGGGUUCUGUGACCCCUGGUCUGUACCCUUAUGGCACUGUACCUCCACCCCCUUAUGCUAUGGGUCACCAACCAAUGGCGCCCCAUAUGAUGUCUGCUUAUAGUUCAUACACUGCACAAAUGGCCACUCCAUAUUAUGCACCUCCUCCAUUCCCAAUGCCUCCUCCCUAUGGUCCUCCACCUGUCUCCAACCCUCUCCACUUCUCCUCAAUGGCCUCUGCUUACUCUACCCAAGCGCCUAGUCAAAUCCCAACCGAAUCUGUUAAAGCAAAGCCUGUUAGGUGCCUCAAAACAAUAGAAACAGUUCCAACACUUAAAACAGAGCCUGUCAGCGCACUUGUUACCAUACAACCUAAAGAGGACAGUGAAGCAAAACAAACUUCAGAGGAAGCCAAGAAUGUACAGGUUGCUACCAUUACAGAAGAUGACAUCAAGGCUAAGCAGAAGAAACGGCUUGAACAGUUUAACCAGAGAAUGAAGUUGAAGAAAGAGCAGCAAAUGGAAGCCCAGCGUUCACGUGGACAAAAUCGGAAUUCAGCUCCAGGUAAAAGUAUCCCCAAUGAGAUAAAGAAUGUGUGGAUAUGUGGCCACUCUCUUGUGUUUUGGGCUGAGAAGAGGGCUACUUCCCCUGAGUAUGGCGUGCAGUUGGGCAUGCACCCAGACUCAGUGCGCAUCUGGUGGAAGGGCGUGCAGGGCAUGAUGUGGCAACAGCUUGUGCCUUUGCUGCUCCAGCUCAAAGACAACUGGCCCAAACCUGAUGUGCUUAUAAUCCACUUGGGUGGAAAUGACAUAAGCACGACUGAUCCAGAGGCCUUUAUUGAGACUGUAAAGAAAGACAUGACCUCGCUGAAGAGCAUAUUCCCUGAAUGCCUGCUGGUGUGGUCCAGCAUCCUUUCACGGCAGAUCUGGAGGGGUACAGAAGACAGCAAAGAAAUGGACAUUAUCCGUAUGGCUAUUAAUGAGAGCAUAUGUGGAAUUAUGAAAGAACUUGGUGGCUCUGUAUUGAGCGACAGCAACAUAAGGCCAAGUUUGGGACACUACAGACCAGAUGGGGUUCAUCUGUCGGGGAAGGGUAUUGAUACCUUCAAUCUAAACCUGCAGGCUUUUCUGGAGAAAUGGGAGAGUGAGACUAAUAAGACUGAGACGGAGACAUCGGACGCAUCCGUUUGAAAUCCCAGAAAUUGUCAAUUGUUUUGUUUAGCAACUUGUACAGUGCCAUUUCUUUCUUGUGGAUCAUUUGUUGCCGUUGUUUUGUUGCUUCAAAAUCGAUUGUAAUACAACCCAUGUAGAAUGAAUGCAGAUUUGUUUUCUAUACACAUGUAUAACAAAGUAUUUUGCAAGAAUGUUAGAUUUUAGUUUUUACUUGUCCUGUUUUAUACAUUCAGUUUAAUAACAAAUAAAAACAAGAAAAUUGAAAAUAUUCCAAUUUAAGAUGGAAUAAACGUUUCUUUAUUAUUUGAGAUCUCAUGUAUGAUACAAAGAAUGUUCUCUACACCCUACUUGCAUGUUUUAAGUGUGUUUACAACACAAAGCAUCAGCCACACAUCAGCACAGGAAACAGAAAAAUGUCUUUGGAUCCAAUCUGGGUAUGUUAGUAAGUCUCUCAGUAGUGCCAAUGAUUUCUGAUUUUCUAGAGCAGUGGAAAAGAAAACAGCAUUUCUUCUGUUUUGUGACGAUUUGCUUGUAAAUUCAAUUAUUCUUGUUGAGCUGCAAUGCUAUAUACGUUCCACCUUAAAGAGUCUAAAUAUCUUUGAAAGAUUAUACUUCAUUGAAGAAACUGCCCUGAAGUCUGCUUAGUCAUUGAACCAAAGUGGCUUCCUAAAAAAUGCAUGCAUAUUUAUACUUCGCAGAAUAUAUAACAAUAACAUGGUUGAUUUUCUUAAAUGUGAUUGGCUACACAUCUUGUUAAAUCAUUUACUGAUAGUAAUCACUUCCCAAAGUCUAGAAUGCUUAAUCAUAAGAAAUGGCAGUAAAAUUGUGCAAUUUCUUUCUUUGACUUAUAUUAGAUAUACUUUUUUUUUUUCCUAGAACGUUCAGAAAAUACUAGCUAAUGUUAUUGUAUUGGACUAAAACUUUGCUGUCUUUUCCCCCCGACUUGUUACAUUUCCUUGUCAAAAAAGACUUGUCGAUGACAAAUAGCAUAUACAUUUCUUGUCAUGCCAUAUUUGACCAAAUAUCGGAUUAAAUCUUUUUUGUCAACUUUUCUCAGAUCAACCACUCAACCCAUUAGUCCCAAAAAGAAAAUGCAAAACAUGCGCUAAUUGAAACAAGUUGACAAAAAGCUUGAAAUCCAAGUUUUGGUGAUUAGAUAUAUGCAUCUUAUUCGUAAUCUUCAGAUUGUCUUUAGAAGGCCAGUCAUUUUUAACUGGGAACUUCAAAUUAGGUGAAGGAGCACAAGGGUCAAAAACAUAAAACAGGAAAUGAGAAAACUCCCAUUUAAAAAAAAAAAUGCACACACAUUCAAAGAAAACAUUUCAUUUUCAAGUGAAUUUCCAUCACGCUGUCUGAAGAGUUCUCUUGAUGUUCUGACAGUAAAAUCUCAGUUUGUAGUUGAAGUCUAUAUUUUCCUAAUAACUUCCCUGGUUCUGUUCAGUUUUGAUGUGAUCUACACACGUGUUAAUCUUUCUUUGUAUGUCCCUCUGUGUCUCUGCUGCUUCUUCCAUGCAAAUGUAAUCAGUUUGAUGUCUAGCGAUUGCUUAUGUAGGCCUGGAAAAUGCCAAUGAUCAAGAAUCAGCAAUAGGGAACACUCGACGGUAAAAUUCUCCAGGUAAGUGUUUUUUGUGGCUUGAUAAAUGUCAUUUGAAUUUGUAGAUGUUUCAUGCAAUAAUAAUCGAUUUUUUUUUUUUUUACCUUUUGUUGUUAAUCAGUUAGAGCUAAACAAUACAGUGUAUAUAUCCAUGAUCAUUAAAAACUUGUAUACACAUUUAUGUUUACUAAUUAACUCAUAUAU